AGACUGAAUUGCAAAACUAUUUUUGCUAUAUUUGAACCAUGUCUGCGAGUCUGACAAAAUGGCUACGUAUAAGCCUAGUAUCUCUUCCAGCUUUAUAUACGAUUUACACUGUUAUCCGAUGGCGUCUGUUGGCUGCCAAACAACGCAGAAUAUUCGAACGUCUUUGUCCAACCCUUCCUGUCAUAACAAUCAACUUUACUCGUACUGUGUUUGGUGUCAUUGACGUUACAAAUUUUUCUAUUAUUCCUACUUGGUGGAUGCCAAAGCUAUUGCCUAAGGGCUGGCAGUGGACGACUGGACAUGAUGUGUAUCAGCAGCUCGGAGGCGAUGCAAUUGCUAUUGUAUCCCCCGGCGACCGGCAGUUAUGGGUAGCGGAUGCCGAUCUUGUCAAGGACAUUGUUUCACGGAAAUCCGAUUUUGUCAAGCCCGUUCACAUCUACACUAUUUUAAACAUAUUUGGUAGUAACGUGGUUACAACCGAGCAUGCUGAAUGGCGUCGUCACCGCAGGAUUGUUUCGCCUCAGUUUUCUGAGCGUAUCAACCUUUCUGUGCUGCAGUAUGCAGCCGAGACCGUUAGAGAUAUGCUCAAAUGCUGGCAGAGUACAGAGCAUACUGCACAUGGCGAGGUUCGAGUCAAUGUUUCAAACGAUAUGAUGAAGUUGGCUUUACAUGUUAUUAGCGGUGCUGGGUUUGGAAUGCGACUUGAUUGGGUAACUUCUGAAUCUGAUCAAACUCUUGAUCACGGACACACCAUGUCGUACAAAACCGCAGUUCAUAGUAUGAUGGCUGGUUUGCCGUUAAAAAUUAUUUUGCCCAAGUUUGCUUAUUUGCUGCCCAUUGAAAGAGUGCAGAAUGUAAAACGAUCAUUUGACGAGUUUGGACUGUACUUGAGCGAAGUAAUUCGUGGAGCUGAUAAACAGGACGAAUCGAAUUUGCUUGUAAGUUUAGCCAAGGCAGCCAGGGCUGAGGAUGGUGGUCUCACUGAGCAAGAGCUCGUUGGAAAUGUUUUUGUUUUUCUAUUUGCCGGACACGAAACAACUGCCAGUACAUUUAUGUUUGCACUUGCUAUGCUUGCGUCUCAUCAAGACGUGCAGCAACGACUCUACGAAGAGAUUCAACUGAUUCUCGAUGGUAACGAUCCACAAUUAAAAGACAUUCAAAAUCUUGGCUACACACUAGCAGUCAUGAAUGAGACACUGCGCAUGUUUCCUCCAGUUGUUGCGAUUCCAAAACAUACUACCAGUCAACAAACACUCGGUAAGUAUAUUAUUCCUGAAGAUACACGUGUAACUCUUCAUACUGUUGGUAUCCACUACAAUCCAAAGUACUGGGGUCCAGAUCCCAGUGUCUUUCGUCCAGCAAGAUGGUUUACGCUCCCCGAGUGUGCCAGCAGUGCAGUCAAAACGCGCGAUUUUAUCAGAUCUACCACACAACUCAAAUCCCAAACCUCACCAUCUGAACCUGAACAUGACAAAACACGCUCGGAUGUUCCAGAUACUGCAUCCGACAAACCCCACCAAAGUCUGUUUUCGUACAACCGGUAUGCAUUUUUGCCCUACUCUGAAGGAAUGCGAUCGUGUUUGGGUAAGCGAUUUGCACAGGUCGAGUUUAUUACUGGAUUGGCAAUGAUGAUGCAAAAAUAUUCCGUGCACUUGCCUGACGGUGCGCAGAUUGAGGAGGUGAUUGAAAGUCAGAAUCGAGUCACUUUGCAGCCAAAACGGGACAUGUAUUUGGUGUUUAAGCCCAGAACGUCGACCUGAUUUAUUCCGAUUUUACAAUCAUACCACGUAAAAUAGAGCACUUGCAUUGAUCUCGUCUCUUUUUGGAAUAAACAAUGGUUGAACU